AAUGAUGAUGAUGAUGAUGAUGAUGAUGAUGAUGACGAUAUGAUGCUGAAGUAAUGAUGAUGAUGAUGAUGGUGAUGAUGAUGAUGAUGAUGAUAUGAUGCUGUAGUAAUGAUGAUGAUGAUGAUGAUGAUGAUGAUGAUGAUGAUGAUGAUGAUGAUGAUAUGAUGCUGAAGUAAUGAUGAUGAUGAUGAUGAUGAUGAUGAUAUGAUGCUGAAGUAAUAAUGAUGAUAAUGAUGGUGAUGAUGAUGAUGAUGAUGAUAUGAUGCUGAAGUAA